UAAAGCAGAGAUUGAGAACAUCGGCAUGAAUCGGCAGUAAAGAAACAAGUCAUCUCGUCGAGAAAUCUCUACUUCUCUCUGAUCAGAUGCGAAACUCUACUGCUGGGGUUCAUCUCGUUUGAUCGAUCCUACGAAUCUGUUGGAGUUUUUUUUUUUAUAAUCAGCCUUGAUUACGAUCGGAGAGUUGUAAGAAUGGCGGAGGAAAGCAGUUUGGAAGGUUCUGAAAAGGAAGAGAUCGAUAGCUCAGGAGCUGGUCUUGGAGAUUUGACAUCCAUGGAUUCUAUCGAGUCUCGUUGGGUUAUUCAAGAAGAUGAUGAAUCCGAGAUUGACGUUGAAGAUGAUAAUGAUGGAUUCGACGGUACUGGACUUGAAUCCGAUGAGGAAGAGAUACCGGAGCAUCGCCUGAUCCGUACUGGUCCGCGUGUUGAUUCCUUCGACGUGGAAGCGCUUGAAGUUCCCGGUGCUCCGAGGAAUGAUUACGAGGACUUGACUGUUGGGAGGAGAGUGUUACUUGCAUUCCAGACACUAGGGGUUGUCUUUGGGGAUGUAGGAACCAGUCCAUUGUAUACGUUCAGUGUAAUGUUCAGUAAAUCACCUGUCCAAGAAAAAGAAGAUGUCAUUGGAGCAUUGUCUCUAGUGUUAUACACCUUACUAUUGGUCCCCCUUAUAAAAUAUGUUCUUGUUGUUCUAUGGGCAAAUGAUGAUGGUGAAGGUGGGACCUUUGCGUUAUACUCAUUAAUCUCUCGUCACGCCAAGAUUAGUCUUAUCCCUAAUCAACUUCGCUCAGACGCCCGAAUUUCUAGUUUUAGACUGAAGGUGCCUUGCCCUGAGCUUGAGAGGUCAUUGAAAUUAAAAGAAAAACUCGAGAAUUCAUUAUUUUUGAAGAAACUUCUCCUCGUGCUAGUUCUUGCUGGAACUUCCAUGGUCAUUGCCGAUGGAGUUGUAACUCCUGCAAUGUCAGUUAUGUCAGCUGUUGGUGGACUUAAGGUCGGAGUUGAUGUUGUGGAGCAAGAUCAAGUGGUGAUGAUUUCGGUUGCAUUUCUGGUGAUCCUCUUUAGUCUACAGAAAUAUGGUACAAGUAAGAUGGGACUAGUAGUAGGUCCUGCCUUACUUAUAUGGUUCUGUUGUCUUGCUGGUAUUGGCAUUUACAACCUGAUCAAGUACGAUAGCAGUGUUUUUAGAGCAUUCAACCCUGUCCACAUCUAUUACUUCUUCAAGAGGAACUCUAUAAAUGCUUGGUAUGCACUUGGAGGCUGCAUUCUCUGUGCUACAGGUAAUUUUCUCAUUUUCUGCAACUUUAAUUUAUUUCGUAGUGGUUUUCUGCAGCUUACAUUUGUGUGUCUUGUCCUGCCGUGCCUCAUGUUGGGUUAUAUGGGACAAGCUGCAUACCUGAUGGAAAAUCAUGCUGAUGCUCAUCAAGCUUUCUUUUCAUCUGUUCCAGGAGCUGCAUUCUGGCCGGUUCUUUUCGUAGCCAACGUUGCGGCUCUAAUUGCUAGCCGCACAAUGACGACGGCAACAUUCUCAUGUAUUAAACAGUCAACAGCUCUGGGUUGUUUCCCUCGUCUCAAAAUUAUUCAUACUUCUCGGAAAUUUAUGGGUCAGAUUUAUAUACCUGUCUUAAACUGGUUUCUGCUUGCCGUUUGCCUGGUCGUCGUCUGCUCAAUCUCAAGUAUCGAUGAGAUUGGAAAUGCAUAUGGGAUGGCUGAGCUUGGAGUGAUGAUGACGACGACAAUUCUAGUGACGUUAAUCAUGCUACUUAUAUGGCAGAUAAACAUCGUAGUCGUGAUUGCCUUUCUGGUAGUUUUCCUUGGAGUGGAAUUGAUCUUUUUCUCUUCAGUUAUAGCGAGUGUUGGAGAUGGAAGCUGGAUAAUAUUGGUUUUUGCUGUAAUCAUGUUUGGUAUAAUGUAUAUUUGGAACUAUGGAAGUAAGCUCCGGUAUGAAACAGAAGUGGAACAAAAGCUGUCAAUGGAUUUAAUGAGAGAUCUUGGGUGCAACCUGGGAACAAUUAGAGCUCCUGGUAUUGGUUUGCUGUACAAUGAGUUAGUGAAGGGAGUACCGGCAAUAUUUGGCCAUUUUCUGACCACACUUCCUGCAAUUCAUUCCAUGGUCAUUUUUGUCUGCAUAAAAUAUGUCCCGGUUCCAGUUGUACCCCAGAAUGAAAGGUUCCUCUUCAGACGCGUCUGCACUAAAAGCUAUCACUUAUUCCGUUGCAUUGCCAGGUAUGGUUACAAGGAUGCAAGGAAGGAGAACCACCAAGCUUUUGAGCAGCUAUUAAUCGAGAGCCUGGAGAAGUUCAUCCGAAGAGAAGCUCAAGAACGUUCGUUGGAGAGUGAUGGGAACGAUGAUUCAGACUCAGAGGACGAUUUUGCAGGUUCUAGAGUCGUCAUUGGCCCCAACGGAAGCAUGUAUUCGAUGGGUGUUCCCCUUCUGUCUGAGUACAGAGACUUAAACAGACCGAUCAUGGAAAUGAAUGCUUCGUCUGAUCAGACAAACAACCAUCCGUUUGACGCAUCAUCUGACUCCUCUGUAUCUGAAGCCGAGCAAAGCCUGGAGAGAGAGUUAUCGUUCAUACACAAAGCGAAAGAAUCAGGGGUGGUGUAUCUACUCGGGCAUGGGGAUAUAAGAGCAAGAAAAGAUUCAUGGUUCAUCAAGAAGUUAGUGAUAAAUUACUUCUACGCAUUCCUGAGGAAAAACUGCAGGAGAGGGAUAGCAAAUCUGAGUGUGCCUCAGUCGCAUCUGAUGCAGGUCGGUAUGACAUACAUGGUCUGAGCCUUCUUCGUUCUUCUUUAAAAUGGUGUAGUUUAUAUUCGAGUCCAUAGGUUUAAAAUUUGUAUGUUGCGUUGGUGUUUUUGCAUUGUUGUUACGAAUCUGAGUAUCAUCUGACUUACUCCAAAUCUAUAGAGCGUCUGGUAGAGAGAAAAGACGAGCCUAUAUUUGAUUUGAGUUUAGGAAAUUUCAA